CCUCUCCCAACAAUUACCUUGCCGUCAUAAUAGUGCUAAAACUGGUAAAAGGCGGGAUGGCGCCAAGGGCAUGGCACGUUGCAAGUUGCCGCAUGCGCUUGGAACCUCUGGAAAUACUAGUAUACGCCCUGCAUGUGUCUGUGUAGAGAGACGUUUUAUGUAGAGAUUUCUCGUCGACCACUUGCUCGGGCACACUUGAUUGGUAAUGUAGUCGCGGGAGAGCGCUCUAGCUGCUACUCCAGCAGAGUCUACCGCUUCGCUAUCUUUUAUUAGGGGUAUCAUAGUCAUGGAUAGAAACACUUACGACGGAAUCCAUGGCGCUAACGCCAUACCGCCAACCGCAGCACCAGCGGCAGUUGCAGGCCGGGGCAAAAAUGUUCGGCUUCGGCCAUCCCCUACGCCACCCAAUGCUAGCAGCAGCGGCAGGGGCAAGGGAGCUGCCAGUGCUGCUGCUGCCCUUGCUGCCGCGGAAACUGGCACUGCAGGCGGCUCUGCGACACGCCCUGAGCACUCGGGCGGGACUUCUGCCCUCCCUCGUCAACAGCAGGGUCGCCCAUCCCGGCAACCGCAACCGCAACCGCAGUCCUCCUUGCAACCCCACCCCCAGCAACAACAGCUAUUGUACCAGCAACAGCAGCACCAUGCCCCAGCUCCUGCAGCAGCCGCAACAGCAGCAGCCGCAGCAGCCGCACCGGCCCCCCGGCUGGCUGCUGCUGCAGAGGCCCUGCAGCUGCUGGACAGCAGGUGGGGCUUCAACGCGGCGGGCGCAAGCAAGCUGCUGUCCGACUCCGCCUCAGCCGCCAGCGACUUCCGAGUUAUAGGCGUGCUGGGAGGCCAGGGCUCCGGCAAGUCCUCACUCCUCAACACGCUGCUGUACGACAGCCCGGCAGCGGAGAGGCUGGCCGCCGCCGCCGCAGCAGCAGCAGCUGGCGGCGCUGGCACCAGCGGUGGUAGCAGCGGUGAAGGGCAGCAGGGAUUUGGCGCCGUGGGUGGCAUCAUGCCGCCGUUCGCAGUGGCAGCGGCGAGCAGGCACGGAGGCACGGCAGCAGCAGCGGCAGCGGCAGCACCGCCGCUGGGGGCACAGGGAGGGACAGCCGCAGCAGCGGCCGCAGCGGCAGCGGCUGCGGCUCUAGGAGUGGGCAGUUCGCAGCAGCGUCAAGCAGCGGCAGCGGCAGCGCAGAUGCAACAGCAGCAGCAGCAGCAACAGUCCUGUUGCGCUCACACGACCUCGAGGCUGGAGCUGAGGCUGCACCCCGGCGACCGCACGCUGCUGCUGGACUGCCCUCCGCUGUGGAGCGCAGCAUGGCUGGAGCAGCUGGCGGCCAGUCCGGAACCUCCCUGCCCGCACGCGGCUGCCUCUGCCGCCGGCAGUGGCGGGGGCGGCGGCGCAGGAAGGGCCACUAUCAUGUCCCGGAUCAUCGCUGACGCUCGGUCCCGCGGCGAGUCCUUCCUGUCGGCGGAGGCGGUGGGGGAGCUGCUGGGUCUGCAGCUGGGGGCGCUGAUGAUGGCGGCGUGCCACGUGGUGGUUGUGAUGGUGGAUGCGGUGGACGAGCCGCGGCUGUGGGAAUACCUGCAGGUAGUGGACAUGAUUGCGCACUGCCUGCCCGACGUGGCAACUGCAGCAGCAGCAGGGGCAGCGCUUUCGGGGCCUUCGGGACCUGCGGGCAGCAGCAGCGGUGGCGGUGGCGGCCCCAUGCGCUCCAAAUGAUGAGUCAGGCUGCUGCAGCAGCAAGGCGAGUAGCGGAGGUGGUUGUCGUACUUUGCGGUGUUGAUGAUGAUGACUUCACCGUGCGGCACCUGCGGCCCCAAUACGAGCUGCUCCGGCUGGCCCUCGCGUCCUCCCGCUUGCUGUACACCGGACCGGAAGGUCAUGCCAUCAGCAUUAUACGGCACCUGGAGUACUGCAGAGGCGGCGGUGGCGGAGUCGGAGGUGGUACGGGAGCAGCGGAGGCGGCCACCAGUUGCACGUCUGGUGGCGACGACCGACCUACCAACGGCAGCAACGGCUAUGGCAGCAGCGGCAGCGCUGAUAGGGGCGGCGCUGACAGCCUCCACUUCUGGGCCCUGCCUCGUUGCCUUCACCGCUACCACCAGCACCAGCACCAGCACUAUGAGGACCAAGACGCUACCGGCGUCAGCAGCAGCCCCUCUUACCUUCCUCUACCACCACCGUCAUCGUCAUCAGUGUCAUGUUCCCCAUUGCAUCACCUGCUUCAACCGCUGAGGUCAGCGCUGCUGUCACUGCCCAAACGCCCCCUAGGGGUGGCCCCAGCACCGCCGCAGCACCCCCACCCGCAACAGCAACAGCACCCGCAUCCCUCCACGACAAUGACGGCCAUGCCACGGGUGUUGAGUGAGCGGGAUUGGUUGCGGGGGUUGGAGCGGUUGUGGAGCCGCGAGCUGCAGCAGGCAUGUCCGCCCCUGGAGCGGUACAUGCUGGCCCGCAUGCAGGGGGU